UCUCUCCAGCAGACGAUCUUUGGAGGAGUGCUGACGUGCGUCGGUCCCCCACGUGACCUGUGGAAUGUUAACAAUGCAGCGAGUGUCCAACUUUGUGCUGUGUUUCUGAUCCCGCUGCAGUCUGAGGGAGAAAAUGGAGGCUGGUUUCAUCAGGAUUUCUCCGUCCCUCCGUCUGUGCUGAGCUCCGCCACCGACGGACUUUACUCUCCCGACUCCUCUUCUCUCACAUGGCACAGAUUGGCAGCAUCAUGGUUUGGCUCCGCCGUGCUCUUCUGACUGGCAAUGUUUCCUGGAAUAAGCUGGAACCUGAGCCUUGACAGCCACACCAUGGAAUGCUUGUAGUACCCCACCUCACUUUCAACCAGUGUCCCACCAGUAAGAGGCAACGACAAAGACGCACCCAAACACAAAGUCAGGAGGACGGUAGGAUUCCCAAAUUUGUGCCACGGCUCUGUCCUGCUGGAGACCCUUUCAGCCAACAGGGGAGAAAUCAUUGGACAGUGUGGAGGGCUGAGUCCCUGCUUGGGCUGUCUUUUUUAGAGUAGGUGCCUACUCUGGGCACUGAGGAUAUGAGGCCCAAGACUUUCCCCGCUGCCCCGUACGUGGGCAAUACCCGACAGCGGCUUCAGGACAUCAGGGAAGGUUUGAAGCAGCCAGCCAAGCUGGUGAGCCAGGCUCUGCAUGGAAGCAGCUCACGCGGUGAGGGCAGCAGAGGCACCGACUGCAAAGGCGGGAAGGAUACCGCUAGUCGGCAGCAGCAGCUUCGAUCCCCACAGAAGUUUACCAACUACCAGAAUGCUUUACGUGAAAUCCGCAAAUCCCUGAUGCCCUUCGCCAAUGAGUCGGGCUCAUCGUCAUCAGGGUCCGGACAUCCUGCCGGUGCCGGAGAGGUCAACCGGCAGAUGCUGCAGGAGCUUGUCAACGCCGGCUGUGACCAGGAGAUGGCAGUGCGGGCACUGAAGCAGACUGGAAGCAGAAACAUUGAAGCGGCUUUAGAGUACAUCAGCAAAAUGGGUUACCUCGACCCUCACAAUGAGCUCAUUGUUCGGGUCAUCAAACAGACUUCACCAGAGAAAGCCGGCAUGCCAAACUCGAUGGACCACCGGUCUGCACUGGAGGCUUCGGGUGAGGCUGGUGCCAUGCCCUCAUACCACCAGAUGGGAGCUCCUCUUUAUGAGGGAGCAUCUGCGUACAGUCCUGAGGGAGAGAUGCCGAGAGCAUAUAUGAAUGCACCACCCGUAAUGAACUACAUGAUGCCCCCAUCUAAUGCAGGACAGGUGCCUUCUAUGGGAAACCCAAUGGGUCGACCGCCGGGUAUGGGGACCUAUCCACCAGUGAUGACCACCCAGAGCAACCCAGGCAACUCGAUGUAUCCUUCAGGAGCUCAGCAGAAGGGCUAUCCUGGUAGUAUUGACCAGCAUGGUCCCAUGAUGAGCUACAGUGUCUCUGGCCAACCUCUGCAACUUCAGGCACAGCCACCAGGUGGUCCAGUGACGGGGCCGCAUUAUGACUACAGCCAUGCCAGGUCACACAUGAUAGAAACUUCAGGCUAUGGAGAGAGAACUGCAUCUUUCCAAAACAAGAUGGCACCACCCUCCAUGGCACCUCCAGACAACUAUGUCAACAUGCAGGGGAAAGGAGCCAUGGGCCAGAAUGUGCCAGGGGGGGGAGGCUACCCUGCUAAUUUGUAUCUUUCACCUCACUCCCACCCACGACAAGCCAGCCCUCCCUCCCACCAGGUCCACAUGAUGUCCCGGGCCCCAGGCGCGGUACCGUCAAUGGGACCUGACUUCUCUGACCUUCCCCAGUUGAUGACACCAUCCAGGGCCAGCCUAAACCUAGACCUGUAUGAUCACCACUGGGCUGGACCUCCGGGGCCUGAAGGAGCCCUUCCAUCCAGGCAGUCCCAAGCACAGGGUCCAUUUAGAGGGGAUGUACAUGUCCCCAGCAGAACAAACUCCUUCAACAAUCGCUCCACUGGUCCGAACGGUGUCCGGCCUGUGAUGACUGUCCCCUCUACAACUGGGAAGCAGGAUUCCACCAUGGGCCCUCCAAACACCAUCACAGCUGUGACAUCUCCACCUACACAGCCAGUUAAAAGUAUUCGUGUGAUGAGACCAGAGCCCAAGACAGCUGUGGGACCGUGCCACCCUGUGAUGACUGCCCAGGCUCAAGACACAACAGAACCUCUGGCUUAUAUGCCAGAGGACACAUACUCUCUAGAAUCUGCUCAGGAGCCACGCUGCCCACCUCCACCUUAUCCCAAAAAUCUGCUAUUGUCUGGUGCAGCAGGUGAGCCAGGGUCAAUGGAGACAAGCGGAGCAAUGUGUGGCACUCAAGACCUCAGUAACCCUGCUGCCAGAAACACACACGGCAGCAGCAGUGGAGGGAGUGGAAAGGCAGAGGAGAGCCAGCAAGUGAAAGAAAAGAUCAAGUUGGGCAAAGGAGACAAAAGCAGUAAGGACAAGAAACAGAUACAGACAUCACCUGUUCCAGUGAGGAAGAAUGGCAGGGAUGAGGAGAAGAGAGAGUCACGUAUUAAGACCUAUUCACCGUUUGCCUUCAAGUUCUACAUGGAGCAACACAUAGAGAAUGUGAUGAAGACCUACCAGCAGAAACUCAACCGCAGGCUGCAGUUGGAACAGGAGAUGUCCAAGGCUGGCCUAUCAGAAGCAGAGCAGGAACAAAUGAGGAAGAUGCUGAAUCAGAAAGAGUCCAACUACAACAGGCUACGUCGUGCCAAAAUGGACAAGUCAAUGUUUAUAAAAAUCAAGACGUUGGGUAUUGGUGCCUUUGGUGAGGUGUGCCUGACUCGCAAGGUGGACACUGGUGCACUUUAUGCCAUGAAAACACUGCGUAAGAAAGAUGUUCUCAACCGCAACCAGGUGGCCCACGUGAAAGCAGAGCGGGACAUCCUGGCAGAAGCAGACAAUGAGUGGGUGGUGCGUCUUUACUACUCCUUCCAGGACCGUGACAGUCUCUACUUUGUUAUGGACUACAUCCCAGGAGGAGACAUGAUGAGCCUCCUCAUCAGAAUGGGCGUCUUCCCCGAACCCCUUGCGUGCUUCUACGUGGCGGAGCUGACACUGGCUAUUGAGAGUGUUCACAAGAUGGGCUUCAUUCAUCGUGACAUCAAACCUGACAACAUCCUUAUCGACUUGGAUGGACACAUCAAGCUGACAGACUUUGGCCUGUGCACAGGCUUCCGCUGGACGCAUACUCCAAUACUACCAGAAAGAAGCCAUGUCAGACAGGACAGCAUGGAGCCCAGUGACUCCUGGGAUGAUGUUUCCAACUGCCGCUGUGGUGACCGGCUGAUGACGCUGGAGCAGCGUGCUAACCGCCAGCACCAGCGAUGCCUGGCUCACUCUCUAGUGGGAACGCCCAACUACAUUGCACCUGAGGUGCUGCUGCGUUCAGGUUACACCCAGCUGUGUGACUGGUGGAGUGUGGGCGUGAUACUCUUCGAGAUGCUUGUGGGACAGCCACCCUUCCUGGCCCCCACACCCACUGAGACCCAAAUUAAAGUCAUUAAUUGGGAGACCACCCUGCAGGUUCCCCAGGUCAAACUGAGCCCCGAGGCUGUUGACAUCAUCGGCCGUCUCUGCUGCUCUGCUGAGGAUCGUCUGGGUGCCAAUGGCGCCGGUGAGAAGGCCCACCCCUUUUUCACCAACAUGGACUUCUCCAGCAACCUGCGGCAGCAGGCAGCUCCGUACCGGCCCAAAAUUGCCCACCCAAUGGACACCUCCAACUUCGACCCGGUGGAGGAGGAGGGCAGCUCCGGUGCGUGGAGCGGCAGUGGGGACAGCACCCGGGCUUUGGACUCGCUGUGCUCCCCAAACGGGAAACACCCAGAGCACGCGUUCUAUGAGUUCACCUUCCGCAGAUUCUUCGACGAUAACGGCUGCCCGUUUCGCAACCCCAAACCUCUAGAGGCUUGUGAUAUGCCACCUGGUUUCACCUCAGCCAGCAGCUUGGGCCCGGAGGAGGAGGAGGAGGAGGAGGAGGAAGAGGAUGGAGAGGAGGAAGAGGGAGAACAAGCGGAGGGAUGUGAGCCCGUGUAUGUUUAGAGCUGCUAAUUAGCAGCUUUUUGACCUGUUUGUCACCUGGCUCUUGACCCUCCCACUUGAUACUGCUCUUCUUGAGUGGAUGUGUUAAGAG